AUGUCCUUCGAAAAUGAUGCUAGCUUCGACGUUAUCGUGGUUGGUGCAGCACAACGCCUGCUUCAGGCACAUCCAGACGCAAACUUAGCCCUCUUGGAGCGUGAUCACUGUAUUGGAGGUGUAUGGAGUGAACGCCGAAUCUAUCCCAGUUUUUGGUCCCAAUGGACACACGGAAUUGCUGAAUUCUCUGAUAUGCCGAUGGAGCGACCGCCGGCUGAAGACCUCAUGCAUGAUCUUUUUCGAGCGAAGUAUACAACAAAAUACCUCGAAGACUACGUCGACUCGAAGAGCCAUGCCGGAAAGACAUUGCGAGACAGAGUACAAUUUAACACGGAGGUCCAAUCUAUCGAGAAAAUUGAUGAAAAAUGGCAAUUCCGUUGCGCCAAUACAGUAGACGGCACUCAGAGAACAAUGAUCUCCUCGAAAGUCAUGAUGGCGAACGGACAGGCUUCGCUUCCCAACGUGCCCAACUUCCCCGGGAAGGGAAAUUUCCAAGGAAAGAUCAUUCACUCCAUUGAUUUUGGACAGUCCGACGUUAUAAAAGACAAGUCCAUAAAGCACAUCGCCGUUAUCGGGGCGGGGAAAUCUGCCGCUGACAUGGUAUACGAAGCAGUAAAGGCAGGCAAAACUGUUUCAUGGAUCAUAAGAAAGACGGGAAAUGGGUCACUUGGUGCUGCAGCGUUUGCGCCCAUUGACCUGCCUACUCCUUAUAGAAACGGCGUUGAAGCAUCGCAAGCACGAAUCAUGGCCUCUCUGCAGCCAUCAUAUUUGAUCUCCGAAGGCUCAUGGUGGUCAUACUUUCUUCAUAGCACUCGUAUCGGUACGAUGCUAGUGAGCAAAGUCUUUUCUCUCUUGGAUAAAGCUGUCCGCGACUAUGCUGGCUACAAGGAAAGAAGAAGCGAUAAGGGCUUCGAAAAGCUGGAAUACGACAAUGACAUAAUUUGGCAGAAUGGAACUGCUGGUGGCUGCCAUUUUUCAGACUUCUGGAGUCUCGUGGCUGAGAAGGUAUACGUUCAUCGCGGUAACGUCAAGUUUCUAAGUGGCAGAGAGUUGUAUCUUGACGACGAAAAUGAAACCCACUUUCCCUGUGAUGCCAUACUUUGUGGAACUGGUUGGCAGAGUGGGCUUGGGGUAUUCGACAACACUACCCUCAAGGAUCUAGGUCUGCCUUUUCCCAAGGACGUCGAAUCACAAGAAGAGAGUUCAAAAUGGGCCAAGCUCGAGGCAGAAGCAGAUGAGGAAGUCCUCAAGCGGUUCGUCAUGCUCAGGAAUCCUCCCAAGCACUAUCACAAGUACGAAGACAGAACGCCGUAUAGACUCUAUCACACACUGGCUCCCGUACACGAUGAUUCCAUACUAUUCAUGAAUCAUAUCGUUGCAGGUGCGAAAUUGUUUGCUGCGGAGGCGCAGGCUAUCUGGGCUGUGGCAUAUUGGGACAAAGCCAUCAAGCUUCCUUCUGUUGCAGAGCGAGAGAAAGACAUUGCGCACAUGGUUGCAUGGAACCGGCGACGAUACCUCUCGAACGGCGAACUUGGGCAUUUUGCUGCAUUUGAUAGUGUGCCUUACGUAGACAGACUGCUGGAUGAGAUUGGCGUGACGGCUCAUCGAAAGAAGGGCUGGCUCGCGAAUAUGUUUGCUCCUAUCAGGCCUGCCGAUCUCGGGAAGGUAUGGCAGGAGUAUCUCACAAGCCAACAGAAGUGA